AUGACUGCCUUCGGCCUCCCUACCAAGAACCGUGCAUCCCCACGUGUUCGCCAAAGCUCGCCUCAUAGCCAUCAUAACUUAUCGACAAUGCAACGGCAGCGCAGCACUCUGCCAUACCCGUAUGUUAUGCAAAUUUCUACCACAACAACAGUCUCAGUUGGUGUUCCUGGAAAGAUGACUCGCAAUAACCCAUAUACUUCCUCUUUUGACGGUUUUAUCGAACCCCUUUUCCCGAACCAGAAAGUUUUGGACAUACAGACCUAUGACGAGGAUCCGCAUCCACAUUAUCUCCUACAUAUGUCUGGAGGAACUGAGCUUGCAUUGAAAACGUCGACACGCCAGCCGGAAACUGUCUUAUACUACGAACGGCACGCUCUCGAAGUUGAGGCUCAUGUCCUAUUGUUACUUGAAUCAAGUGAAAUAUGGUGCAUCCCGAAGCUUAUUCGAUGUGAGGUGGCUCCGUCGUCUCCCGCAGUAACAUGUCUUCUGCGCUAUAAAUGCCCCGGCACACCCCUUUCAGAAAUUAAAGAGAAAUUGACGCCAGAGGAGUUGAGCCGGAUUGACAAACAGCUUGGUAUUGCUGUUGAUCAAAUUGGACAACAUACCGCUACUAAAUUCGGCCCCGUCCAUGAUAUAUGCAUGGGAAGGGGGGAACGGACUUGGAAACACGCGUUCCUCAACCUUCUUGAAUCGCUUUUAUGGAAUGCUGAAAAUAUGCUUAUUUCGUUACCGUAUUUCGAGAUUCGCCAUCAAGCAAGCCGUUUGUCUGCUGUUUUUGAUGCUGUUACGGAACCACGAUUGAUUCUCUAUAAUAUCAGUCAACCUUCCCAUAUUAUUAUCGACCCCGAAACUAAAGAUAUCAGUGGUAUUAUCGAUUUCACUGCUGCGACAUGGGGUGAUGUCCUCAUGACUGACAUAUUUGAAAACCCUUCCGCGGACAUUCUCAAGGGGUACGGGUCAGACCCUACUCGGGAUGGAUUCGCACCUAUUCGAUUGCUCUUCUACUCCUGCUACCGCAAUAUCCUCAAGAUAGUAAAGCAGUACUAUCGCAACCAGGGACAUGAGGAGGAACUUCGAGUCCGAAAGGCCUUGAUGUCGAACCUUGCCUCUAUAACGGAGUACUGCCCAUGA